CAGCCCGAUUCUUAAAGCAUAACCCCCAGGGCUCCUCUUACACUGUACACCACAACCUCUCCAAGAGGCCUUUUUAUCCACCACACCGUUUUAAUAAUUAGAUAAAAAGAAUCGCAACCCCCGCUCGCCUCCUCUCGCACCUUCCCUCCCCAGGACGGCCUUCGAAGCUGUCUCGAAUGGACUCAUAGACCUCUCCUGGCCUCCCACGCGUGCGAUCCUCAGUCGUAUGAACAGCCGCUCCUGACGGCCGCGACCACGACUACGACUUCCACCGUCGCCAUUGAACAUUGUGCACGCUUCCGGACGAUCCAUCGCUCGUGCAUUCAGCUUCGAUCCCCCAUCAUGGACCCUCAUCGCUCGAGCAGCUGUUGCUGCGACGUCCAACCGUCCCUCAACCGCCAUGAUCCCAGGAGCUCUCCUCGGCGCCAGAAGUACCUUUCGACGCGCUCCAUUGCUCUGGCUCUCCUCGCAGCCUCAGUUCCAGCGACCAUGGCCCAGAAGUGCAUAUCUCUCGAUGGCACCACGACAUGCCCGGCAUUCAACAAGGCCAGCAUCAGUACUGGCCUGUCGAAUCUCUUCCCUUUCCUCUCCUUCGUAUCAGAUAUACAGAGCUUCGACAAUCAGUUUCGGCAGUAUAUCGCCACGGAUUACGCGAGAAACAAGUAUCAGCAGCUCAUCGGAUGCUCGGGCGUCAAUCUAACCAACACCACCGAGAUCUAUGCUCGCUACACCACCACCGUGCUGUGCAAUUCCCUGGUCCAGAAUUCCGUCCAGAGCUGCAGCCUUUCGCAGGAGAACUCUCGCCCACUUUGCGCUGAUUCAUGCGCCAAGUUUGCUAUCAGCGAGCAAGAGAUCACAGCAAGCCCCGAACUGUGCGGCAAUUCGGGAGACAACGCCAUCAACCAGAUCCGCGCUGAUUUCACCAACUGCGCUUUGCCGGCGCGCUCAUUGAGCGGCACCUGCAUCAGCGCUGCCGACAACGAAGCCGCUGAGUGCGGAUACCAGUCUAACUUGCCCGGUCUCUGUUCCUUCUGCGGUUCCAGCUCUCCUAACUCGACCGACUCGUGCUGCGUCAACGCUAAUGUCGAAGCUCGCUGCCAGAAUGUCGAUCUUCCCACCACCACGUCCAUGCCGCCACUCUUCCCAUCGUCCACCUCUUCAGGCGCCCCAACCGCAACUUCGGCCGGAGCAGGCGCUGGGUCCGGCUCUGGCCUCUCGGGAGGUGCUAUCGCGGGGAUCGUCGUGGGGUCCAUCAUGGGCGCCUUGAUCAUCCUCGGUGCGGUCAUCUUCUGCUGCCUCCAAGCGCGGAAACGCAAGCAGAGCCAAAACGGUAGCAUUCUGAACUCUCCCUCGCCAGCCCGCCAGGCUGUUUCUGCCCCAGCGAUGGGUUACCACGAUGGUGCCCCGCCGCCGCCAGUCCUUCCGGGAGCACGUGUCGCCCGCAUGUCAGCCCUCUCUGGAUCAAGCUCCUCGGAUCGCCAGGACUCUCGAACACGUGGUGCCAUGGGAACAUACCGUUCUGACGAUACCUUUUCUUCCCCCGAGUACGGACGGAGCCGUCUCGGAGGCGCACUACCAAAACGUGACGGAUCCCUCUCGAGCCACUCCGCACUCGCUGCCACCGAUGGCCACUCCUCACCUCUAUCGACCAACCCCGACCGCAACUUUUCUAGCCCAGAUGGUGUCGCCUCGGGACAAUCAGAGCAGCUGCAAUUCUUCAAAGACUACUACUCGCAGGAUGACAUUCACGCAAACGACAUUGUCGCGACCCUGUGGGCGUACCAGCCUCGUGCCAACGAUGAGUUUGAAUUGGAGCGGGGUGACAUGCUCAAGGUUGUGGGCAUUUGGGAUGAUGGGUGGGCAACUGGCGUGAGAGUGUCCGAGACCGCGGAAGAGUGGGAAGCACGCAAACAAGUGCAACGCGACUCGGGCGUCAGCAACGGCAGCAGGAAGUCGAAGAUCGAGGAUUCCGAGAGCGAGAUCAAGGCAUUCCCGCUCGUUUGUGUUUGCUUGCCGCAGCACUGGAGGAAGACGAUAGAGGGUGACAGCACGGAUGCAGGAGGCAGCGGAGGUCCACCUCCCAGCCCCUAAUCAACACAUCCUCUCCGUGCUUGUUAACUCUCUUCUAGCUCUCUCCUCUCUCUCCUCUCCUUUC